AUCCCCCAACCCCCAGCCGCUGACUACCCGCCUGGCCGAGAGCUUAUUGAAUAACUCCCCACGUGCACUGAUUAAGUCUGAUAAAUUUAUAAUCGUCCUCGCCGGCAUGAGAGGCAAGGUGGGGAGCAUGGCGUUUAGAGCGUCUCGUGCAAAAACUCGGCGCCAUGUUUUAUUUCUUGGAAGGUGAAAACGGCUUGAUGGCAAGGCGCACAAUAUAGAGAAUUAAAUAAUACAUCUCUAAAAGGUUGACACAGGCGCGGGUGUCCAAGAAUCAUGCACGCACGCGGGGCAUGACACGCAGCGGUCCGUGAAAGUGGCGAGUCUGUCUGGCUGUCUGGCUGUGUGUCUGCGUAUCUGUUGGUCUGUCUGUCGGUCUGUUGGUCGUGCACACAAAUGCGUUUGUAUACAUGCACGCGCGCACUAGCAUCUUACACCUCCGCCAUCGAUAACAACUACUUGACGGAAGAGGAGUUAGGGAAGGGAUUUGUUUCGGAGGUAAGAUCUGACAAAAGGAUCCUGUUGUUUUCGCAUUUUAUCAAGAUCAAAAUUGUUUAUUAUUUCGCACUCUAAGGGGUAUGUCUAUGAGGGUUCAGAGAAGUGUCUCAGAGCUGCCGCCCACGCUGAAAUGCAAACCUCUUUGGAAGCAUAUUACUCUGUAAGAAUGCUGUUUGGGGUAUUUACCUAUCUUCCUGUUGCUCCUUCCUUCAGUAAUAGUGCCAGUGAGUGGUUCAUCGUGUCAAGAUCAAUCCCCGCCCCUUUCCACUUCCUUUUACGACAUUCACUGAUUAAUAAGGUAUCCUUUGCCCUUAAGUACGAUGGAGGGGAAAAAACUAGCAAAAUCCCAGUGGCCUUUUGGUUUGACCACACCAGUCACAGGUUUCGGAGACCUUUAGUAAAAUAAUUUUGAGCUGAACUCCCGCAAACAACACUGCAUAAAGCGAUGUUUCAUUCUUUGUGAUCUACAGGAGUGAACUUUAUGGCGGAAGGGUGCUUACUGUGGGUGUUCUGAUCUCAAGGGGGCAAAUUAUUGUUGCUGGUGAUUGGUUUCAACUAGUUUAUGCGCAGAAUUUAAAAAGCAAUAUGUUUACUGAACAAGGGUAUGUCAAAACCCAACAAACGUACUAACCCUUGAUUUGUGACAAAGUUUUGAUAUUAAUAGUGAGAGAUGUCAGAAUCUUAUUAAAUACCGUAUCUUAUUUAAACUACAAAAUUUCCCUUUAAAAGGUAACUGCCUUCAUAACUUUACUGGAUUACGAGUACAAACCUUUUUUUUUUUUUUUUGAUCUGUUACCUGUCUGAAUUUACCGCAUCAUGGCAACAAGAUGAUGAAGAUCUUGAGGGUUCGUGAGGGCUUAAAAGAGGAUGGCGCUGAGGUGGUGAAGAAAACUUUUGGUUUAUUCCAGUCACAUUUUUUUCUCUCCUUUGACGUGGUUGAGCGACGCGUGCACUUGAAGGCGCAGACCGGUAAUAAACCUAUCUUUUCAGUUAAUCAAGCGCGCGCUCGAUACAGCCCAAUGGGCAAGUCAGCCAGACACCUUCCAUUGUUAACGCAGGCAGCAGGUCCAGUCUCCGCUUGCCUCCUCCUCCUUGGAUGCCGACAGAGGGCACAGUGGCACCAUCCUCCGAGUUCCUCCCACUUGCUGAUCGCGGCUGGUGUGGGUGAACGUGAGGAGCACGUGUAUUGUGAAGGCGAAAGAGGAUAUUAUGAAGAGAUAGGGAGGCCAGGAAAUGGCAACUCACCUGCAGCAAUGGGGCCGUUAGUGGCCUUCAGGUGUUGUUGCGUCCGUUUACCUGGACGUCGGCCGUAGCUGCAGCACCGGUGGCGGGAUUCUGUCAGGUGUUUAGCUGAUCCGUGGAUCGUGUACCUGUUUAGAUGCUGGAUGAUUUUGGCUGUGAACAGCUAAAGGUAGGUGAUCGAGCGAGAGGUGUGUGUUGGUGACAGCCGAGGAUGCUGAAGGCAAGGACUCGAGCCCCGACCCUGCAACCUGAGGAACACACGCGGUGGUGUAGCAAAAAAAGACAUGAAAAGAAAUUCGAGGAGAUAGAGUCCUGUCGUCGACAAGAGACGACGAGUGAUGAGGAGUACGACACAGACCUUGACAUUGACAUCGAUGAUUGGUUGCUGGAAAGUCGUAUCCGGCGCAUGCGCAUAGCGUCCCAGGGGGAAACUUACCUGGCGGCGUGCAGACUUGCUGGAGUCAUACCUGUCUCCUGUUUUGUCAAACACCUGCACGACAAGGACCUCGUCGUACGCUUCCGAAACCUCGGCCCCUCCGAGGUCAAGGCCAUGUGCGACCCUUUGAAGGCCAAUAUCCAAGUGCAAACACUGGAUUUGAAGGGGAACUGGAUCCAAGAGAGUGGCUGCCAUUACGUGACGAAAAUGAUGACAGAUAACAUAAGCUUGUCAGAGCUCGUGUUGUCAGAAAACAAAAUUGGAAACCAAGGAGUGAUUGCCUUGUGUGCAGUCCUGUGCCGAAGUGAUAUGAUCUGUAAACUUGACCUUUCAGGAAACUCUCUGGGAGAUUCCGCAGCAGAAGCAAUCUGUGACUUGCUGACGAAAAACUCGAGUCUCAAGCACUUGUUUCUGAAGCACAACAGAUUCGAGCAGAGAGCCGCCUUCUACUUCAAACAUGCUCUCUCCCACAACAUUACCUUGGAAACUCUGGACCUGUCCUGGAAUUGCUUCAGCACGCGCAGUGUCACGCUCGUUGCCAAGGGCGUACAGAACAACACUGGUUUACGCUGUCUCAAUUUCUCCAUGAACGGGGUGGGCCAUGACGGAGCCCAGUAUCUGGGCCGCGCCCUCAGAGUCAACAGGACGUUGCAGCACCUGGACAUCUGCUUUGGUCGGAUUCCAGAAGACGGUUGCCGGUAUCUUGCGGCCAGCCUGGAGAUAAACGACGUAUUGCAAGGACUUAAGAUCAGCAACAACCCAAUCGGAAGCGAUGGGGCUAUGGACUUGCUGAUGGCUGUUGCCCGGAACAAUGCAAGCAGUAUAACUUACCUAGAAAUGUCGAGCGUUCAGGUGAGUGAGACAUUUCGAAAACUGGAGCUUCGGAUGAAGGACGCAAGAACUUUCAACAUCGUUCACGCUGGGUACAAGCGGAAGGCUGGUCCGUCGGAAGGUCAGAAAUCCGAGACCGGCGACUGGUGGGUGCGUGACCCCAUGACCAAGCUGCGCAACUACAUGAAGGAAAAUGGUUACCGGCUGAUCGACCUCUUCCGCGACUUCGACAAGGACAGCAACAACACCAUCAGCAGGGAGGAGUUUAUUAUCGGCGUAGAGCAAGCUGGCAUCAACCUAACAGAAGGUCAAAUUGAUGAUCUAAUCAAAAGGCUUGAUAAAGAUAAGAGUGGCACAGUAGACUUCUGGGAACUGCUGGAGGGCGAUCGCGAACACCGAAUUCUGUACAAGAAGUGGAUGGAGAGAAAGAAGCGGAUGAGCAGAAAAGCCUCAGAUGUCGUGAUCACCUCGCGCAGCAAAGCGGCCCAUCGGGAGGCGCCAAAAGCAGACACGCCCCACACCGUUAUCAACCUGUUUUCCGAUGGACAAAUGACUUCUGCUUGAUAUGAUGAGCUGCGCUUAGAAAAAAAAAUGAACUUGGUUUUUGAACUAUCAUCAGUGCUCUCCUCUUUCCCGCCGCUGAAAGCGGUUUUAACUGUAAAACACGAAUACAGCUGCCUCAUGUUACUCCCGUCCUCUUUUUCUAUACUGCCACCUGCCUCGAGUGGUUAAGACGCUUGGAAGCUAAGGUCGCCAUGCUCAUGGAUGGACAACUGUCUACCUGUCCUCUCACCACCACCACCACCACCACCACCACCCCAACCCCACCCUCCGCCUCACUCUCACUGGAGUAUUAUUUAGAUUUGUCGAAUGCGUGGUUGGUCACGUGACCUGAACUUCUGGCCCUUUAUAAAUUUAAGUUUGUGCUGGCCUGUGAUUUUAGCUCCACGCACGCAGUCAAUGUGAGCAAAGUUUGUAGCAUCCGAAACACUUCCCUUCCUCUUCUAGCCUCGCAACGUGUUAGAUCCACGGAUGGAUGGAGGAGUUUACUUUGCUAAAAAGCAAGCACGGUAAAAAAAAAAAAAAGAUGUGUAAUGAUUCUAAAAGAUCAGUGCAAGCUGCUAUUUUCCACAUAUGUUUCAAUAUUCCCCUUCCCUCUUGUUUCCGUUCUCGAGACCCACAUGUACAAACUUUACCUUUACAAAGAGGUCAAGAGUGCAGAUGUCAGGAUUGUACAUAGAUAUGCUGACGUUAUCAAGGCUUCAGCCAAUGGGGAAGCCGGGAUCAUACGUCAAUUAGGUGCAUCUACCUACAAACGGAACCACGUUUUACUCUUUCUGUGGCCAGAGGAAGACCUGGCUUACGAACGUGAAAGAAUGAACUGGUCGUCCUGUACAGGACCUGCUGACUAUUGCCCACAAUAGGCAAGAAUGGCGACCUUGUCAGCUGCCUGUAUUAUCCCCCAAUCUGCUUUGCUUCACUUUUUCUUGUAGAGAGAAACGACUAGAUUCACUAGAGCGUCACAAAAAUCCUCAUAGAUGUUAUCCUCACUCACAUACAGUAUUAUAAAUAAUAUACAACACAAAUACAUAGAUCAACGACAGUUCCUAUGAUCGGAACCAAGAUUCUCUCUCGACAAUUUUUCUAGAAGAUACUCAAAUGGGCUUUUCCGAAUUUCCCAAGCUUGCUUCCGUUCAUUGCUCUUCCCAAUUUUCACACUAGAUGAAAUGCAUUGCACGCAGGAAUACACAUUCUCCAAGCAUGCUCACGUGGUAACAUUGAAACUCAUUCAUUCUAUUGUGCAAACCUAGCUGUGACUGUCAUCUUCAAAACUUGUGUUUACUAAUUUUGAUUAUUUAUACAAAACCCUGCUCGUGUUAAACAUUAUUUGCGGCAAAACUAAAUAAACCUAUU